GGAAGCCGAACCUCCUGGUAGGUGUGUGCUGUGUCGUCGCGACAUAUUCCAGUAAAGCUGUCUUGAGAUGGAUAUAGGUGCAGUGUAAAUCAGCGAAAUACAUACAAUGGACUCCUUCCCCAAAUGUGCUGUCUGUCAGCAGCAGUUUACCCUGAAGGGACCCGCCCCCCUACCUACUGCCCUGUCUACACGCUGUGUGUGAGACGUGUGUGACAUCUGCAGCUGGUGGUGUGAUAUCAUGCUCUACAUGUCAGAGGGAGGUCAACCUCACAGACACAAGCCUCCAGAAGGAUGCAGUGAGACAGAAGGAAAUAUUCCACCUGACGGUCAAACAUCGCCCCACAGAGCUUCUCUGUACAAAUGAAGAUGACGACCAGGCUGUGUGUUGGUGUCCAGAAUGUGAAGACUUCCUCUGUGAAUACUGCCAGAACAUGCACAACAGCGUUAAAGCUACCAGACGACAUGUUGUUGAAACCAUUGUGGACACAGCACCAGGAGGCAUGCAGGCUGAACCAGUUUGCAAACUUCACAAGCGUUAUCCUCUGGAAUAUUUUGACAAAAGCUGCAACAUUUUAAUCUGUACGAAAUGCAGACUUGGCGACCAUGCUGAACACGACGUUGAAGAUUUAGACGUAGCUUCUGACGCUGCUCAAGGGCGGAUAGAACAACAUGGGAAGAACCUGACUGCACAGCAUACUUCUCACCAAGCAUAUUUGAAGAGUAUCAGCAAAGCCGUGAAUGACACCAAGAAGACAAGCAGCGCUGUGGAGGAGACCAUCCACCACACUUUCCAUUCUCUGAGGACACAACUCGAUCAAAGAGAGAAGGAACUGAUCAUCGAUCUUGACAAUCAGACGAAGCAGAAACUGUCAAAUCUACACAUUGAACAAGUUACCUCUGAAGGCGAGAGUGAACGAUGCAAGUGGACCUCAGACUACAUCAAGACAGUUCUCAGAUAUGCUUCGAACUCGGACUUUCUGACGCUCGAGAGUUCAAUACAAGAAACAACGAAGACUUACCUCAGAUCAGUUCCACCAGAGCUGCACCGUUCACCUGCAGCCGUCUUCAACAUGAGAGGACUGGAAAAAUUGAAAUCCGACAUUUCUAAGUUUGGGUCUCUCGUUGGAGAUGGAUCAGCAUCUGAUGAACACACACUGAGGGACAGAGGUACACAGACAGAUGACAUCCAUCUACCUGACCUUGAGAACACACUCAAGCAUUUGAAGCUUCCAGAGGCCUCUAAGGAUCCAACACCACUACCACAGUUUGAUGCGGGGACGAACACCUACAGUCUGGAAUCAGGAACAGUGACCACGUUGACUCUGCAGUGUCCUAAACAACUACAACUGAACGCUGCUCGAACCAACACAGACUGGUGCCACGUAACUACAGUCGGUCAGCUGGUGAACUCGCCGCCCGCCACACAACACACAGACACAGCGGCAGCAGGUUACGGACAUAUUGGGGGUACAUGUGCCUCCACCCCCAUCCCCUUCCUCCAUCCCCUCUACUGUCACCCCUGUCCCACACACACACCCACGAUACUGGGAGACACACUCUAG